GACGCUAUAAAACUGCUCCAUUUCCAUUUUGUCCUUGCAUCAAUUACUCUCAUCUCAAAACCCAGCUUGAGUUUGUUCAACGAGAGGAAAAGAUCAUGGAUGCUUUGGAUUCAGUUUUCGAUCCGCUGAGAGACUUCUCCAAGGACAGCAUCCGCCUCGUCAAGCGUUGCCACAAGCCCGAUCGAAAAGAAUUCACUAAGGUCGCGACUCGAACGGCGAUCGGCUUCGUCGUGAUGGGCUUCGUCGGAUUUUUCGUCAAGUUGAUUUUCAUUCCCAUCAACAAUAUCAUCGUCGGCGCAGCCUAAUUGUGAGUGUUUUAAUUUUAGCUUUCCUUCUUCAGAAAUUGCGAUCUGAAAUUUGUUUAGAUUUUCGAUUUGAUGAGCCGAUUGGUUUAAUUUACGAAUGUGUUAGUUUUCCUUUUUAGAGUUUUUGAUCUGAAAUUUGAUUAGGUUUUCGAUUUGAUGAGUUAAUUGGUUGUAAUUAGGAAUGUCUGUUGUGGUUUGAAUCAAUGUGGAGUUUUUCUCUGUGUGACAUUGCCCCCCAAAUAAAUAAAUAAGGGUUUAAAAAAAAAACAAAUUAGCCUCCUUAACUUUACUCAUAUCUUUUCAAUUUGCUGGUGGUGGUGCAUGUGCAUUUUACUAUGCUUAGCAGCUUAGGUUUUUUGAUGCCAAUAAACAAUCAGUAGUUGGAAAUUAUAUGAGAAUGUGGGUGUCACUGAGGGCUACUGAUUUGAUUUUGUGCAGAACUUGUUAUUUGGUUUGGUAUACUAUAUUUAUGGGGGAUCCAGUCAUUCCAAUUUGGUAUCUUUUAAUGUUGAAAUAGAGAGGGUUUAUGGUUUUCUUGAAAUCAUGUUAACCUAUUGUUACUUCGACUUAAUCGGAUAAAACUAUCUUCAGUUCCUAGCUUGGCCUUUAUGAUUUCGUGCCUCGUGCUGGUUUGAAAAUAAAACUAACGAAGCAAGUUAGGCAGUGUUCGGGUUGACAAAAAUCUCAAGGAUACUCAUGGAGAAAUGCCUCUGCAUUCUGAGUUAUGUUUGUUUAAUCAAACUAGAUGUGCAAAGCAUGAAUGCAACUAGGUAUAACACAUGCUCGGUCGAUAGAGCUUCACACGUUUGCUUACACGCCAAACCUUGGAUGUUGUAAGCGAUCUGAAUACAGAGUGUUUUUUAGUUAUAAUUGUUUUCUUGGGGCGAAGUUUGUCGCUCUAUGCUCCGCUCUUUGUGUCGUACUGCAAGUCAAUUUGACAAGUUUGAUUGCAUGCUGUACAUUCCAUAUGAUAAAUGUUGCAAGCUUCCAUUGAGAUGAUGAUUGAAUGGUGUGUAUGUUCAUGACGAGAGGGGACUGACUGCAACUCUGUUUUUUCGUGUUUAAUUGCAGAACUUCCAGUUGGUGCAAGAACCUUUCGAAACCAGGGAAGAUUUGCAGUUCAUUAGUUAGGCUCAUUUUGGGAAAUUUUGUAGCACUUUUCUGUGUAAUUGUUGACAGUUAUGUUAUGUUUACUUGGUCUAAUUAUGAAUCUCUGAGCUUUAUUUUGACUA